UACUUCCCCUCCUGCUUUCUCGUAUGGGUGUAUCAUGUCUAGCUAGCCAUGCUUGCAUGAAGGUCAGAUUAGGAAAUACUAAGAUAUUACCUUAAAUAAAUUUAUAACCUGCUGUAGACGGGUACAAUGGAUACUCAAGGAGACAAGACGGAUCCCCAGCUGCAGCAGUUUAUCGAGAUUGAGUCUCAAAAACAGCGAUUUCAGCAGUUAGUUCACCAGAUGACGGAGGUGUGCUGGGAGAAAUGCAUGGAUAAGCCUGGUCCAAAGCUUGAUUCAAGGACGGAAGUCUGUUUUAUAAAUUGUGUUGAACGUUUCAUUGACACAAGUCAGUUCAUCCUCAACAGACUUGAGCAAACUCAGAGGACAAGAGGCUCCUUCUCAGAGACCAUAGCAGACUAAAUGGAACCUGAAUAAAACAAGAAAUCAUCUGUUCCCUGUCAUUAAAUAAAGAAAAACAUUGAUUCCCCCCAAAGUGCCUCAUUGUCAUCUCACAUCAAGUUCAGGAGAACACAAUCUGAGUCAGUGAUAUGGACAUGAGGUUUUACAGGUGCUAACUGGUAAUUGAUUGCCAGAAAAGGGAAAUCUGCUGUACUUCAUACUUUUAAAGUUCUUCCAAAGAUCUGGAACCACAUUGGAUUUGCCAUCUAUAUAAUUUGCAUUGCAUGCAGAUGAGCAGGCUCAUAGUGUGCCAUAAGGUGAAGCUGUUGUUUAAAUGUGCAUAUGCAAUAAAGUUGAAAUCGAUCUGA